CGUAUCUACGACGCGGUGCCACAAAAACGCGCCAGAAAACACGAUAUCGUCCUCCCCCACUUUCCACCAUUCCACACUUCGAACUACCUGCAACAAGUUACCGUCCAUACCUCAACCCAAAACCAGAAGUCAGAAGCCAAAAGCCAGAUACAAGUAUUAGAGGGAUAUUCACGGUAAUAAGGCUUGUUUAUCUCUGGCUACCUCGUGAAGAUUGAUCCGUGCAACCACCAACAACGAAAGUCGUGGCCAUCAUGGACCCCCUUCUGCUUCGAGAUGAGGCGGCCAAGGAGCGCAUUCGCCUGGCUUCAGAAUUCCUUGACCCUCACGAUCAACAUGUCAGGAGUUACCGAUCCGACAUUAUUCUCAUGCUCCAGAAGAACCAGAGACGGCUCGUCGUUAAUCUCGAUCACGUUCGUGACCACAAUUCUGAGCUGGCAGACGGCCUGCUCUUCGAUCCCUUCGACUACAUUGUCGCCUUCAACUAUGCACUCAAAAAGGUUGUUGAGACCAUUCCACAAGCACGUCCCGACCAAACGCAUGAAGACGUACUAUAUUACUGCGCCUGGGCUGGCAGCUUCGGCCUCAACGCCUGCAACCCCAGAACGUUAUCAUCCAAUCACCUCAAUCACAUGGUGUCCAUUGAAGGCAUCGUUACUAGGUGCUCUCUGAUAAGACCCAAGGUAGCCAGAAGCGUACAUUUCAACGAAAAGAAGAAUAUCUUCCAUUACCGUGACUAUCGUGACCAAACAACAACCACUGGCGUCACCACCUCGAGCGUCUACCCCCAAGAAGAUGAAGACGGAAAUCCUUUGCUUACCGAGUACGGUUUCUGCACGUACAGGGACCAUCAAACAAUAUCAAUACAAGAAAUGCCCGAACGAGCCCCUGCUGGACAGCUUCCUCGUGGCGUAGAUGUUGUUUUAGAUGAUGAUCUCGUCGAUAAGGUCAAACCAGGCGAUAGAAUCCAACUUGUUGGUAUUUUUAGAACACUCGGUAAUAGGAACACGAACCACAAUAGUGCGUUAUUUAAGACGGUCAUAUUGGCAAACAAUAUAGUUCUUCUCUCGUCGAAGGCUAGCGGAGGGGUAGCCACGGCUACAAUCACCGAUACUGAUAUCCGCAAUAUAAACAAGAUUUCGAAGAAGAAAAACCUCUUGCAACUACUUUCUCAGUCAUUAGCGCCUAGUAUAUACGGCCACGAUUAUAUCAAGAAGGCAAUACUGCUAAUGCUGCUGGGUGGCAUGGAGAAGAAUCUGGAAAACGGAACACAUUUGAGAGGCGAUAUCAACAUUCUGAUGGUUGGUGACCCCUCUACCGCAAAAUCCCAACUUCUACGAUUUGUUCUCAAUACAGCGCCCUUGGCCAUUGCAACUACAGGUCGUGGCUCGUCUGGCGUUGGUUUGACAGCAGCUGUCACGUCGGACAAGGAGACGGGUGAGAGAAGGCUAGAAGCCGGCGCCAUGGUGAUGGCAGAUCGAGGAGUUGUUUGUAUCGAUGAAUUUGACAAAAUGUCCGACAUCGACCGUGUUGCAAUUCACGAAGUGAUGGAACAGCAGACCGUCACAAUAGCGAAAGCUGGUAUUCAUACAUCCUUGAAUGCUCGGUGUAGCGUUAUCGCUGCAGCCAACCCAAUCUUCGGCCAGUACGAUACGCACAAAGACCCUCACAAAAACAUCGCUCUCCCAGACUCGCUCUUAUCGCGUUUUGAUCUUUUGUUUGUUGUCACAGAUGACAUUGAAGACAGCCGGGACCGCCAAGUGUCCGAGCACGUUUUGCGUAUGCACCGUUAUCGGCAGCCGGGUUCCGAUGAGGGCGCACCCGUCCGCGAAAAUACAUCUCAGUCUCUUGGCGUGGCCCUCCAGAGCCAAGAUGCAACACAGAAACCAACCGAUGUAUAUGAGAAAUACGAUGCUAUGUUGCACGCUGGCGUAACUGUAACAUCUGGUCGUGGAGCCAACAAACGUCAUGAAGUGCUCAGUAUACCAUUCAUGAAGAAAUACAUACAAUACUGUAAGACCCGAGUCAAACCUGUUCUGACUCAGGCCGCCUCAGAUCGUAUCGCAGAAAUUUAUGUGGGUCUGCGCAAUGAUGAAAUGGAAGGGAACCAGAGGAGGACGUCGCCAUUGACUGUCCGAACGCUGGAAACCUUGAUUCGUCUCGCAACUGCGCACGCAAAAUCCCGACUGUCAAACAGAGUAGAAGAACGAGAUGCAACAGCAGCGGAAGCGAUUUUACGAUUUGCGCUUUUCAAAGAAGUAGUCGAAGACGAGUCCCGAAAAAAGCGUAGACGGACACGGCAAGUCGAAUCAGACUCUUCAGACGAAGAGAGCCCCGACGAUGAUGAUGGUGAUGGCACAUACAGAGGCUCCACGGCUCGUACUACUACUACUACUACAACCUCAACACGAAGGACGGGUCUUGGCCAGUCCUCAACUAAUGGCGGCCGUUCGAACGGUGCUGCCAACCGCAGGGCAGCUGAUACUCCUGAGGCAGAGCAUGUUGAAGAAGAUAUAUACGACGCCACGCCUCGUCAGACUAACCGUACCACUCGCGGAACUGCUACGUCGUCCAACGAGCCUUCUACAUCUCAGAUCUCGUUUGCUUCUUCGAUACCUGCUUCACAGCUCGAAACACGAGAAGCAACUCAGGAGGAAACCCAAGAGGAAGCUGACCUCGCCGCUGGCACUGCCAGUCUCAAUCUCGGCGCACCUAUCACACCAGAGCGGCUUGCCGUAUUCCGCACCACACUUGGACGGCUUCUCAAUUCCGACCUUUUUGAAGACGACGCAGCAGGUCCGGACAAGGUAAUCGAAGCAGUUAACGGACGGCUAGGAAGAAGAGACGCAUCAUUCUCACAAGAAGAAGCCAUCAAGGCACUUAGACAAUUAGAUGCUAUAGGUGCAAUUAUGUUUAGUGAAAAUGAUGAAGAUGGUGGGCUAGUGUACAAGAUUUGAUACACCAGCGCAAGAUAGUGCACAGGCGCACGUUUUGGUAUGAUGGAAUGGAAAUGGCGUUUGCCGGCAAACCAAGAGAUCUGUGAUAACAGCCACUCACUUGUUGUGAGGUAGGCUCCUAUAAUCGAUUGUGAUAUAGUGGCAAGACAGAUGCACGUGGAGACGAGCGAGAUGAUACCUCAAUAUCAGUGCAGUUGUGGAGUGCUGCAUAUGGAAUGGCAAUGCUAUCCUCCUUGUAGAAAGCGGCAGGAGAUUCUGACAUAGUAAAGGCUCUUAACCAAUCGAAAGUUGCAAGCAAUACUUGACCAAGUCGUUACUCCUGCAAUAGAAGUCUUGAGUCACUCAGUACUCUCUCUCAAUUAAUAGAUACCAAUCUCACAUCAAUCUGACAAUGCCUUGCCGACUGAUCCUAGGUAGUUAUCCUACACCAUAGGCAAUCAGCU